AUGGACUUGCUGGAUGCUGAGGACUUCUCGUCUCCUUCCUCCUUCCGAAUCGGCCUCAGCAGGGCUCGCCGCAAAAAUCAAAUGUAUGGUACCUACGAGGAGGCCCUUUCCGUCAGCAUCCGCUAUCUGCGAAGAGCGCCAAGGAGUCAAGAAUAUCCUGCUCAUUCCCUCCCUCCCAUCCUCGUCUCCGCCAUCACUGAUUACGACGUCAUAAGCGAAAUGCUUGCUCUCCAUGGCGGCUUCGUGAAGCGUAUAUUUACAAGCUGA